UGAGGGUUUAAAUCUGAGUUGAAUGAGUCAUAUAGCUGUCCUCAUCUCUCUCUUUCUGACUUAAUCUGCCCUGGCUUUAUGUGGCCUAUUUCUAGACCGUCAAACAUUUGAGGACUUCAAGGAAGAAACAAGCACUCUUUUUUUUCAGUUAAUCUCUCUUUGACUCUUCUGUUUUGCUGGGCCUGGAUCAUUGUGAGCUCAGUGGUUGUGACUCUCUUGUAUAUGUGCCUGAAGGACUGACGAUUUGGGGAGAGUACUGAGGACAACUCGGCAGGGUUUUUUGAUUGACUGAAUAAAGGAGAAAAGAGGCCAUCAAGAUGCUACGAGAAGUGGGAUCCAAUAUUAUGGUGUUUUAUGAGUAUGUAUUGCAGAGAACGGACCACCGGUUGUUGCCCUACCCGUUGAUGCGGACCCCCUUCCAGAUGACCAGCAUCCUGAUGGGCUAUGUGUUCUUCUCGCUGUACGCAGGGCCUCUGUUGAUGGCCAACCGCAAGCCAUAUAACCUCAAAACAGCCAUGAUCAUCUAUAACUUCAGCAUGGUGUCCCUAAACGCCUUCCUAGUCUAUGAGUUCCUGAUGUCAGGAUGGGGAACCACUUUUACCUGGAGAUGUGACCUGUGUGACUACUCAAGCAACCCACGGGCUCUAAGGAUGGUUCAAGUGGCCUGGUGGUUUUUGUUCUCUAAAUUCACUGAGCUUCUGGACACCUUUUUCUUUGUGCUGCGUAAGAAACACAGCCAGAUCACAUUUCUACAUGUCUUCCAUCACUCCUUCAUGCCCUUCACGUGGUGGUGGGGAAUUACCAUUGCUCCUGCAGGGGGAAUGAGCUCGUUCCAUGCCAUGGUCAACUGCUGUGUCCACGUCAUCAUGUACACCUACUACGGCCUGUCCGCUGCCGGACCUCGCUUCCAAAAAUACCUCUGGUGGAAGAAGUACAUGACCGCAAUCCAGCUGAUCCAGUUUGUGCUGAUCUCACUUCACAUCUCUCAGUACUACUUCAUGGAGAAGUGUGACUUUCAGGUGCCCAUGUUCAUUCACCUUAUCUGGAUGUAUGGCACCUUCUUCUUCCUACUAUUCUCCAACUUCUGGAUUCAGGCCUACGUGAAGGGGAAACGGCUGCCUACGGCAACUAUGGAGAAGCUAAAGCAGAAUGCCGUUAUAGUGGUCAUCAACAGCAAGCCACUGGGGAAUAGCAACGGGACAGCACAUCGUGUCAAUGGCCAUAACCAACUAGGCAAAGUGAAGGAAGUCUAGUUUCGUCCUUUUGGAAGGGGGGGAAACAACUGUCUGAAGGAGCCUGAAAUGCCAAAGAUUCCAAAAAAGUAUACUCUUAGCUACUGAUCACUUUAUAUUUAUCUGCAGUUCGUGGAAUAUGAAUGGCGUUAUGGACUUGGCAGUUAUUCCCUACUUGCCACACUUUUAAAUUGUGUGUUUUAACUGUACGUCACUAAUACCUCAAACCCAGGCUUGAAAUGGACUCUUCUGGUUUGACUGGAACACACUUGUAAAUACAGUUACUUUCAAAGAGGUGGUGUUUGUCACUGACCAACUCAGUCAUUACUUUGAGGCACAAGACAGCAGCAUUCUUGAUAAGGGUCCUCCAGGUCAGGCCUCACCUGUUGCUUUCCAGCAUAGGGUAAUCAGAGUGGAUGUCUGGUAAAUUGCAUUCAUUGUUUGACAUGGAACAUUACUCAUACCCGAAUUUGUCUGCAAUAGCUAUUGGAGAAGUUCUAGGAACUGUGCUGAGUCAGCAACAUGCCCAAUAUUAUGCACUCUAGAAAAUAAUGAAAAGGGUUUUGAACUCAACCGACUUGCCUAGUUAAAGGUUACAAAUAACAUUGAGUGCCCUAACAGUAUUUGCAAUAACACUAGUUAUUAGGCAAGAAAAUAUUUUAAAAUUAAUAAAAAAAGUACACAAUUCAGAGGCGAUCCAUAACUUAAAACAAUACAGAAGUCCAUUAUCGGAUAGCUGUGUGUAUAAUGCUGCUAGUGGACUUCAUCUCAUUUGCCUUCUUUUUGACUGGAUCCAGCGCAAAGCUCUUCCAGAACCGGACAGUUUCAUCACCAGCUACAGUGGCAAUAGUCGAGCAGUCUGUCCUCAUGACCUGGGGUGAAUAAAAACAGUUUAAAGUUUGUUUUAACCUUUCGACACCUGAAUAAAUCCAAGGUUAGUUUGAAAUGUGUGCUCCGAGACCAUCUGCAAGAGACACAGCCCAAACACGGACUUCCCCACAAUUCCCAACCAAUGCAGCUCUGGUACGAGUCCUCAAUUUUAAUGGGUUGAUAGUUGGAGCAAUUGCUUGAGCUGCACUGAGAAUUUGAGAAGUAUGAUGGACUACGAUAGACUUACAGCGUCAGACAAUGCUCUUUGUCAACUGACAUUAAUGACAACUGCACAGAGCCAUUAAGUUUACACAUAGUGAAUGAAUAGCAGUUUCAAGCAUUGCCAGAACAUCUGCAUGUGACCAAUAAAAUUUGAUUUGACACUUA